GCCAGAGUAACAAGAUGCAAUGCUGGAUUGGCAUUAUUCAGAUUGGAUGCGUUGGAGAAGGAAGGUUUGAUCGUCAUGAGUGGUGAUAGUGGUGGAAACGGAGGGAAAAGAACAAGUCCGAAGCGGAGAUGA